AUGGCCUUUCGAUUCCAAUGGCCAUACUUCUCGGAAGAGUUCAUCCAGGAAGCAAAGACCAUGCUGACCAACGCUCUCAACAAAGGAAACAAGCCCGCUGUUAUCGUCGACCAUAUCACUGUCAAGGAGCUCGACAUGGGCACCUUGCCGCCAGAGCUGGAGAUGCUGGAGAUGGGAGAGCUAUCGAUGGAGCGCUUCCGUGGCAUCUUCAAACUCACCUACAAUGGUGAUGCUCAUAUCGUCCUCCAAACUAAAGUUCAGGCCAACCCCAUGAAUGUCAAGAAGACUGACAAUCCUUCCUAUACCCGCCGUGGAAUCCUGGCAGCAGACCAGCCGCUCGUUGUACCCAUGCUCCUCAGGAUUUCAGACUUCAAAUUGCGUGGAAUCAUCGUCCUCGUUGUGGACCAGAUCAAGGGCAUCACCCUCGUCUUCAAGAACGACCCCUUAGAGUCCGUCCUCGUCAGUUCCACCUUCGACAGUAUCACGCCCAUCCAGCGCUUCCUCCAAUCAGAGAUCGAAAAGCAGCUCCGCAAUCUGUUCCAGGAGGAUCUCCCUACCGCCAUCCAUAACCUCUCUCAGCAGUUCACCAAAAAGCCAGAUGAUGCUUCCAGACAACACCAGCAACACCAGCAGGAGGAGCUCCAUGGGCGAGGCAUUUAUGACGGCGGACCCGCGACACCAUCGGUCUCGCAGAUUCCUUCUAGGCGGUCAUCCGUCAUCCCACCCAGAAAAAGGGCCCCAGGAAGGACCAAUUCGGAACCUGACUACAGCAUGGGCGCACAGUACAACGAUGAUGGACUCAAACCAGUCAGGAAGCCAGCCUCGGCCACAGUACGUUCAGAGUCACCAGGCAGUGGAUCUCGGAGGGACCCUCACACAGAGUAUUCGGGCGAUGCUCAGCGGGAUUUGCUGGAAGAGUCCCUGAGCCAUGAAUCCAACAACCCCACCGUCGGACGUCGAUCUCAACCUCCAAGCAGAAGAUCAUCUCGCAUAUCUGAACGACACGAUUAUGCAGAAGCGUACACCCCAUCGACACUGGAACGUCUCUCAAUGCGGGACGAAACGGCACAUUCUUUGCUUGGCGUUGCCGAAUCGACCCAUCUGGCCAACAAGUUUGAGCGCUUGACCCACAGCAACCAGACCAUUUCGCCCUUUGCCCAGAACUUGGAACACUUUGCUUUCCGAUCAGUGCCUCCCAAAAGACCAGCGUCGGUGCAGUACUACAGUCACAACGGCAACAAUCGGACACAAUCGCCAGGCAGCAAGAGUGAAUCCAACAGUGUCAGCGGAAUGGAUAUUUCUAAGGACGGUCUAGGCCAUCUCAACAACAAAACUACAGGAUAUCCUAGUGGCUUUGGUCAGUACAAGAGCGAUUUGGUAGGCCAUGGUCAGAGCUCGCCCCGGAUAUCACAUCGUCGGCUUCAAGGACGAGUUGGUAUUCGGCGAUAUGCGAUGCAGAUGGGAGCUGGAAACGGACCUCGCGAGCUCAGUGACCAGGAUUCGGACGAGUACAACGAUAUGGAUGAGGCAUUGUCAGAGAGCGAGUACGUUCACGUGGAAAGGAACCCUCGACUAUCGUCCGAUUUUGACCACAGUGGCCAGCAGGAGAGUCAACACAUGGGAAGGAUCUCGCCAUCAGGCAAAAACAAGUCAAGUAUUACACCCUCGACUUCGUCAAACUCACUACAAACGGUGGAUGGACAUUCACCCUCAGCCGGACAGUCCCUUUCGUCGCGCCCGCAACUCAGUCGCAGGAGAUCGUCAAAACAUGACAACCAUCACUAUCCUUCAGGGACCAUGCCUGGAGGAUUCUCGUCCAGUGUGGACGCAAGAUCAUGGACAGGGUCAGGGAAGCAACACUCAGAAACGGAUAGCUCCCGGACUGAACCCCGACCCACAACGAACAAGAAUCGCCCUCCACCUGAGGAGGUCCUUCAUAAGGAUUUUGCCUCCAUGCAGAUGAAUGGCAACAAGGGCACCGGCUAUCCAUCCGCCUCUCUCUCCCCGAAGGUUGCACCUGCAUCGAUUAUCCAGCCUAAUGGCAACAGGGCACCUCCAACUACGACUGCAAGGACAUUCAGCAAUACUCAGAGACCUAGUGCUGUCUCGCCGCGACUACCUCCUCCAGAACCUCUAAAGCGGGAUAAGCGCAACUCGUCCAUUUUGAGCUCACGCAGAGUCAGUUCUGUGGGCAUUGGGUUGGGUGUUUUGAGUAAAGAGGACGACAAGAAGCUGGCUGCUGCUGCAGCUGUUGCUGCUGGAGGUUCUAAAGCAACUGGAUCUCAGGAAACAUCGAGGGGGAUGUCAAGACCUUCGCUCUACAAGACUAAACCUCUGGCAACUCAUUCUGGCUGGUUCGAGCGCGAGGACACGUAG